AUGGCGCCCGCCCUGGAGAAUGCGGCGGAUGGGGGCAGCAUUCAGAUUGAAGAUGAGACGGGGGGGUUCUUGGACAACAUCGAGUACCGAGGAGGUGGCUACGCCAUCCUGAGGGCUUUGUGGGACGCUCAUGAGAAGGGUCUCGCACUACUGUCAGCGAACGAGAUUUGUGCGAGGGCAAAGCAGUGGUGCUCCCAUCACAUGGCAAGUGGUCUCUUCGCGGGUUGUCAUCGCGGCCUUGGCUGGGAUGCCCAUGGGUCGUUGUUGAAGCACGGGAUUCUGAAGAAGCAGAAGCUAAAGGCGCGAAAGCAACGAGAUCGUAUUGAUGUCUUCUGCCUGACCUCAGAGGGCAGUGAGUUGGUCGUGAAGCUGAUAGAGAUGUCUGCGGAUGAGGAGGGACCGGCGACUCAGACGCCCAGAAGGACGAAGAGCCUG